UCCGCCGCUUCCGCUUCCUCAGAAGAGGGGGAGCAGCAGAGAAAUCAUUUCCGCUUCCGGUUGCCUUGACGUUCCCGCCUCUUUGAAUCCGGUCGGAAAGAAAGAAAGAAAGAACCAGAGCCUUGUAGGGGGAAAAAGAAAGAAGAGAAGCAGGCAUUAUCCAAGAGUCUGUGUGGCCUUUUACUUGUCAGAUGGACACCCGGUUCUGAAGAACUGUAAUACUCUCCUAGGAACAUUUGCAAGGCACUUGAAUCUUCCCUCUUCUGAGUCAGUUAUGUGAGCAGCGUAGGAAUGGAUAAAACUGCUGAUUGUAUGAAGAUGGAUGCUGGAGACUAUGGUUUAGCUAAUCACACUUCUGUGUUCAAGACUCUUCCUCUACAACAGAAUGCUCUCUCAGGGGAUCACCUUCCGUUGUCUGGCAACAAGUUUUUAUCUAACAAAUGUGACCGCCUGGAGAAACCUUUUACUUGUCCAACUGAAAAUGCCUCCUGUAGUUUCAGUUACUAUUCAGGACCUCCUUCACCUGAGAGCUAUCAAGAAGCAGGAAUGCCAAGACCAUUUGGAACAAGUGCCAAUGGACAAUGGAGGAAUUGUGAUUCUACCCUGGGUCGUGUUUUACAGAAGCCUAGAGCAAACCGCAGUGUGUAUUUUGAUGCACGCAAAAGUCAAAGUGGGACAUCAAAUUCCUUUGCAGGGAAAUCAAAUAUUUCUGCCUACGAAAAAUCCUUUCCAAUUAAGUCUGUUACAAGUCCGUCGUGGAGUGCUCCAUGCCGUCGCAGCUUACUAAGUCCCAAGAAAUCCCAAAGGAGAUUCAUCAGCACUGCAGAAGAAACAGUUCGAGAGGAAGAGAAAGAGAUUUACAGGCAGCUGAUUCAAAUGGUUACAGGAAAAAAACUCUCAAUCUCCAAGUCCUCUUCACUGAUGUCUCUCAACCUGCCCAGAUGUGCAGGUUCUGGUAAAAACCUUGUUAAAGAAGCUGAAAAUCAGCGUGGGAAACCUUUUGAAGCUUAUUGCCCUUCUGCAGGCAAGCAAUCAUCUUAUGUUCUUAGGACUCAAGAGGAACAUUCUCACAAACCGCUGCCACAUCCAGUACAUAAUUUCCUUUCACGUGUUACCUUUGAGCCCAAGGACACCAGUAUACCAGCUCGAGAAAAUAGUCUGCCUGUGCUGGAUGUGCAGGCUGAAGGAUCUGACUCUACCAUAAUGCUCAAUGGCCAAGACUUCAAAUCUCCAGCUCCAAGCACACCUUUCUUUGAGGCCGAAUUGUGGAUCAAAGAAUUAACCAGCGUAUAUGAUUCCCGAGCCCGUGAGAGAUUGCGACAGAUAGAGGAGCAAAAAGCUUUGGCACUGCAGCUGCAGAAGCAGAGACUGCAGAAACGGGAGUUUUUAGUACCUGAUUCAGUCGACUUACACCUGCGAGUACCUCUUGAGAAGGAGAUUCCUGUCACGAUUGUGCCAGAAGACACUAAGGCCACUGAUGGUGAAGAAGAGUUCCCUGAAAUUACAGAGGAAAUGGAGAGGGAAAUAAAGAGCGUAUUACGAAGUGGAAAUCAGGAUGAGGUGCUGAGUGAAGCCUUCCGGUUAACAAUAACUAGGAAAGACAUCCAGACCCUUAACAACCUCAACUGGCUCAAUGAUGAGAUAAUCAAUUUCUACAUGAAUAUGCUAAUGGAGAGAAGUAAACAGAGGGGCUUUCCAACCGUUCAUGCAUUUAACACAUUUUUCUUCACCAAGUUAAAAACUGCGGGGUACCAAGCUGUGAAACGUUGGACUAAAAAAGUGGAUGUGUUUUCUGUGGACAUCCUGUUGGUGCCUAUUCACCUUGGUGUCCACUGGUGCCUAACAGUUAUUGACUUCAGGAAAAAAAACAUCACCUACUAUGAUUCAAUGGGAGGAACCAACAGCGAAGCUUGCAAGAUACUGUUGCAGUAUCUAAAGCAGGAAAGCUUGGACAAAAAGCGGAAGGAAUUUGAUACCAAUGGCUGGAUGCAACUGAAUAAGCGGAGCCAGGAGAUCCCUCAACAGAUGAAUGGCAGUGACUGUGGGAUGUUUGCCUGUAAAUAUGCUGACUGCAUUGCCAAAGACAAACCAAUCAACUUCACUCAGCAACACAUGCCUUAUUUCCGGAAGCGGAUGAUCUGGGAGAUCCUCCAUCGCAAGCUGCUGUAACUGCAUGCCAGAUGCAGGACCCUACAGAGACUUAGAACCAGGCCUUUGACCUCCUCGGCCAUCUCCUAAAUGGGCAGCAUGGGUUUCCUACUGAAGCUUAUUAGACUGUACAAAACAUUUUGGGUUUUUUUUAAAAUGAAUUCUAUUUCACGGAGCAGUGUGCCAUGGAACCUUUUCAGAAGCACACUUGCCUUUUUCUAUCUUGAAAUCCUAUUUUUUACAAGUCACGUUGGGAGACACUGAGGAAUGCAGACUUUCACCUUCAAGGAGAUUUCUCUUUUUACAGUUUCUGCCCUUUCAAAAUGGUCGCCUCGUGCAAACAACUUGAGACCUGCCAUGCUUCAACUGUGUGGGGCAUUUGUACCAUUGUACUGUAUUUAUUUCACAUCAUUCAAUAAGGGCAGUGUUACAUGUUACAAUUGCUGCAUGUAGUCUUUCACAACAAAUGUCAUAUGGAAGUAAAACAUGCAUGUCCAUAUGUGUCUGGGGAAACCUGAUUGCAUGCAUGUGUGUAUGUGUGUUAUUUGUACAUGUUGCUGCAGAUAACAUAGAUAUUUCCACAGCAAUCAUAACAUGUUGUGAUAUUGCCCCGGUUCUUAAAUUAUUAGGUGGAAAUGGAAUUCCUUGAGAAUGGAAGUUCUAAUACAGUGGUCUUCAACCUUGGGUCCUCAGAUGUUGCUGGUCUCUUAACUCCCAUCAACCCCAGUCAGCUUAACUAAUGGUCAGGGAUGGUGGGAGUCCAGCAACAUCUGGGAACCCAAGGUUGAAGAACAGUGCUUAAUAGACACUAGCAGAUGAGAACAGCUUGUAGCACUUUUCACCAUAAUGGUGACCUUCUCUUCAGUUCUGUAACAAGAGAUGGUAAAUGGAAGAUGAGCAAUCCCUUUUCUUUUAUGCUCAAGCAGAGGAGCUUUCUAGCAUUCAAAACCCAUUCUCUCCUCAUGAAUUCUUAAUUAAUUCUCUUCUGACUCGAAAUCCAGGGCCAACUAUCUACCAUUGGAAAGGUGAGGCAACUGUCAGCAGAGGUGUCCUGUAUCCAGAGCUGUCAUCUUAGCUGUCUCCUCCACAACUGACUCUUCAAAUCAGACUGUAGAGCUGCAGACUGUGAUGUACUUUUGGGGCCUUAUGCCGAAAUGCCUGGGGUCAGACCCUAUAAAAGCCAGCAUUUCCCCCCUAACUACAUUAUUGGCCUAUUAGCAGACUAUGAGGAAAUGCUGACAUUAGGAAAGAUUGUUGCAUUCUUAAUACAGAAUUGGAUUUGUAAGCAACUAAGCUGCUACAAGUUGGAUGGAUGCUUAUCUGGCAGAUGAUGUUAUUGAUCAUCAAGCUCUUUGUAGAGUAUAGAUACAAUAUGACGUUUAAAGCUUUUUUAUAAUAUUGGUAAGCUGUUUUAUACCAUAUAUAUAUUUAUAAACCUUUCUCAAUGGUGCAGCAGUGAACAAAUAAGUGUCUGGGUUUUACAGCUCUUCUCCUAUGUUUUGUUUUAACUCCUACCACUGAAUUGGAAGCCUGACAGUCUCUUUUUCCCUCUUGCACCCCUUUCUGCUUCUGUUCCAGAUAGACAUUAAUGAUGGAGUGAAGGACCUCCUCAAUUGAAAUGCUCCCUGCUUUUAUGCAUUGAUGCAGGACAGUAUAUAAAUUCUAUUUAAUUUCUGUAUGUAACAAUGUAAGCUGCCUGCCACCCACAGCUUUAUAUUUACAUACAAGCAGGUAGAUCUUUUACAGAGCCCAAAGCACUUUGAGUCUCGCCGAUUGGUGUAACUUCUAGUUAAAUAUGAUAGGCACUGAAAAAUCUCAGAUCCCACUGAAAGAUCUCCUAUUCCACUGACCCAUACUACUGUCCUCUGUACACAAUUUCUGUGCAACUUAUAUUUGUUUCAGUGGGAACCCACUGUAAGCUCCAUUUAUAUUCAUGGACAUGGUACAGCAGCUAUAUUUCGUAUCUCUACCUGCUGUCAUCUAACCAAGGUGGGAUGCAGUUGGAAUUCAGGUGUAAAUGAUGUAGGACUAUUUACUAAGUUCAUAUGCCAGACAUACCUCUUGAUGUACCUUUUUUUAUUCUAAAGAAUAAAAAAAGUCCUCUUGUAUUUUUGCCAUCAGAUAGGGAACAUUUUAUAUAUUCUGUACCUGUAAAAAAUAGUUUUGUACAAAUUUCAUUGCACUUCCUUAAGUCGUGCUCUUCCUAGACAAGUUUGUACCUUUUUUUGCUGUGUGUUUUUUAUACCAGUCUCUUUGGUAACCUUUUUUUCUAUGUUUUUCUCCAAGUGAUGAUCUAAAAAAUCUGUAUUUUUUUUAGUAAUGUGUUCUUAAAUAAACCCAGCUGUUUAAAAAAAUGUAAACAAAAAUCUGAAGUCUGGUCUAUGGCAUCAUUUUCCCGCCCCUUUUCUCUUAUUGGGAUCUAGGGCAGAGACACACAUUAUCAGAAAUGAAGGGCUACUACCCAAGCAGCCCCUUGUCAAAUUCUUUCCCCACACUUCCUCUGUAACUUGCAUUAUAAAAUUUAUUUUAUUCUGCUGGCUGUUCUCUUCCCCUACAUAUCACUAGCUGGUGGGAUUGAGGAAAUAUUCAGCAGAAUGAAAUUGGGACAUAGAAUCAUAGAAUAGUACAGUUGGAAGGGGCCUACAAGGCCAUCAAGUCCAACCCCCU